AUGACGGAUUCACCUGCUAUCCAAGCACCUUUAGACCCUAAAGAGGAACCAAUACUUGCUCGCGUGCUCGAGCUUAGAGACAAGCUCUCCAUUUUGAAGCAGGAUAAGUCAACAUACGUCAAGUCUCAGGACAUCAUACCUAUCUACGAGCAGGUCAUAGAGCAGGUACAGUCCUUAAAUACCAUCAGGACCGACCAUGGGAAGCCUUUGGAAUCAAAUCGAGUUGAUCGGGUUUUGGACGACGCUUUCCAGCUGAUAUCGCUGUUCUUUCUCACCAUUGGACGUAAUAAUGAUGCUCCUGCAGUAUACUCCUUCACCUCCACUAUUCGACGUCUUCUAGAUCAUCUCAAAGAAGCCGCUUUUUUCUCUGCCAAAGAUCUCGAAUCUAUUGGCCACAAUUUGGACAAGAUGCAAGACGUUAUAAAACGUGGGAAGGAGCACCAUCCACCGCAUCUAUUGACGCUCCUUCAGAAUCGCAUGGACAUUUGUUGGAAUAUACUCGCGGAGCUGCGCGACUCAUUAAGCAACCUCUCACCAACCUUGACUCCAAUUCAUGAAAGACUGGUGUCCAUACUAAGAUCAAUAUCCGCUGCAAACACUCGAUACAAGUUUCCGUCGGGCGAAGUAGAAGGGUUUCGCAAUCAGCUCAAGGAGAUCAAAGCAACAAUGGUCAAUGGCCAAUUUCUGGGGGAAGAUAGUACGGCUCCUUCAGGUCAGGAUAUUGUCACGACAUUGCUUGAUCGUUGUCUUCUAUGGUCUGAUAUCGUACUAUCCAGGUGUGUAUUACUCAAGAAGGGUAAAAUUGAUCAAAGGUUCAAGGAGACUUAUGAAAAAUUGUCAGAUAUACGAAAUCAGCUCGAACGGCUGAGUCUGACGCAAGCCUGGUCUCUUCGAGAAACCGACCUCUAUAACUUUCAGCGCCAACUAGACCGUGUAGACGAAAGUCGUAUUAACGGCAACUUCGAAGACGGAGGCGGCAACCUAGCUGACCUGCAUGCGCAAAGGACUCUGCUCUAUCUUUUGAGACGGAGCUACGCGUAUAUAUACCAGCUCAUGAUAUCAUCAGAGCCUGUUUCGGAAGCUCUUCUUCCUAUUUUCAAUCAAUUGCAAACCUUGCGUCGAUGUUUAGUCGAAGUCAAACGAUCGGGAGGUGUCACUUCAGCGCGAGAGUUAUACCCCUAUAGCAUGAAGCUGUCAUCUAUUGAUAACAUGCGGGUGGACGGAAAAUUUAUGGUCGGCACGGAUAUUCCAGAAGGACAAGGAAGUGUUAGUGUGCUUCUGGCCGAAUGCUUCGAGCUGCAACAUGAUCUCAAGAUCGAGGCUGAGGAGCGCGAAGCAAAGGUCCCUGGAAAAGACGACCAAUAA